AUGAGUGGGGGCCAUGACAGUAGCCUGUUAGAAAAUGUUGUCAAGACAGUCAGGGCGUCUUCUGCUUUGGCUGCUCAGGACAUCACCUUCUAUCGAAGGAUAGAUACGUCUGUCGCUACGUCUAUCGACUCCACAGCUCAUAGACUGUUGAAUUUACUGAAUGGACUUCUGCUAUCUAUUGAUGAAAACAAUGAACCCGUUCAGGAUGGCCAAGAGGGACUCGGAGGCUCUUGGAGAAACAUAGGGAAUGCUUUAGAUACUGUUUUUGAGACUUCCGAUCUGAUUUAUACAAAGAUUGUAAAGCCACAAGAUGCAUUAACUGGAGGCGCUUCCAGACACCUCGAAGACUCGAUAAGCACUUCUCUAACGCCAGCCAAAAGGAUAGAGAAACCUCAGAAUAAGUUCGCAAGGGCCGUUGACAAUUCUGAGCUACACCCGUUCAAGCCUUUGCUAAAGUCAAAACCCAAUGCACUUAGAGGGCUCGAUGAGGUUCUCAAACUGACCCCAGAAACUGACGAGGAGCCUCGUCACUUCGAGCACCCUUACUUUUACGAGGUCGAGAUUCAGCCAUACGAUGACUCGGUUCUAAAAAUUCGCGAACCAAUAGAGUCUAAGCCGUGGGAAGGAACCAGCGCGUCUUGGGUGGACGAAGUGGAUACGCUCAAAGAUAUGGCGGCCGAAUUGCAUGACGCCAAUGAAAUCGCUAUUGAUCUUGAACAUCACGACUACAGAUCUUAUUAUGGUAUUACAUGUCUAAUGCAAAUUAGUACCAGAGAAAAAGACUGGCUGGUGGACACAAUUGCCCUGCGCGAUGACUUGCAAAUUUUGAAUGAAGUUUUGACGGACCCAAAAAUAACCAAAGUGUUCCAUGGAGCAUUCAUGGACAUCAUUUGGCUACAGAGAGACUUAGGAUUGUACGUCGUUGGUCUUUUCGAUACCUACCACGCUUCCAGAUUGUUAGGAUUCCCUCGUCAUAGUCUUGCAUUCCUAUUAGAAAAGUAUGCGAAUUUCAAAACGUCCAAAAAAUAUCAGCUUGCUGACUGGAGGGUUAGGCCUCUGACGAAGGCUCUUGUGACUUAUGCUCGGGGGGAUACCCAUUUCCUUUUAAACAUAUAUGACCAUUUGAGGAAUGCUCUAAUAGAGCAAGGGAAGCUCGCUCAAGCCUUGGCAAAUUCAAGAGAUGUUGCCAAGCGAAGGUUUGAGUACAGUGCUUUCAGACCUAAAGUUGACAAAGGCGUGUUUGUGCCCUCUGAAAAUCAAGAACCUUGGAGACCUAUGAUGUACUCAUACAACAUUCCGUUUAAGAAAGAACUUCUAGUCAGAAGACUUUACGAAUGGAGAGAUGCUAUGGCAAGAAGAGAUGAUGAAUCUCCUCGAUACGUCAUGCCCAAUCAACUGCUUGUAUCAUUAGCUGCAUUAGGGCCAGUCGAACCAGCGGGCGUCCUCUCGGUGGCUGCGCAUGUUACAGAUCACGUCAGGGCCAAUUGCAAAGCGAUUUCUCAGCUCAUUAAAAAGGCAGCUGAUGACAUUAAUGGGAAUCCUAUAACGAGCUUUCGAGUCAAUGACAAAAGUCAAGAGUCUGAUUCUCACCGCGUUAAUUUGACGGACGUGAAGCAACAGGUUACCAUAUUUCACAACCUUGUAGCACAGAGAGAGGCUGACAGUAAGCUUUGUCAGAAGUUAGCGAAGCAUUCCAGAGUGCUUUUACCACCCAGCCUCAAUGAAGCAAUCAUUUACAAGAUCGGCCGGAAGGAGAUUAUCAACGAGAAGGUAUUAUACACCCGGCAAGGCGAUUUGAACGAAAAGCUCUCUGAGCCAGCCUUGCCCGAAAAAGUUGAAUUAGCGCUUGGCGAUACGAGGGCUAAGAAUGAUUUACCGUCUGAGCGCUUGGCUACUUCGACGGAAGAUUCGGUAAAUUUGAAUAUCAAGAGCGAUGAUCUGGAAAAGGAUAAUGACAAGAACGAGGUUGUAGUGUUGAAGAAGAAGUCUAACAAACCAAAGACCUCUAAAACUCAGAAGCCCCAUACAGAGCCGAUCGACUACAAAAAUGCUAAAAGCGUUUUACAAGAAAAUACAGGCAAGGCAAAACCAUAUAAAAGAAAGCUUGAUCCUUACGCGAUUCAAGAAAGCGCGCCGCCUGGUCUUAAAAAGAGAAAGAAAACAAGAGGGAAACAGGCCUCUUUCAAGCGAUGA